AUGGUCUACUUAAUAGCUUUACUCUCACAACUGUGUGCACUCACGGUGCUUGGACAGGACGUGUUUGUGAUCACAGAAACAGAUGACACUGGUGAUUAUGAGUAUUAUUACGAUUAUCCCACUGAAAUAUCCCCUGCAGAGGAUUUUGAUUUGACUCUAGACGACUGGUUGUAUGAACUCCUGGACAUCACAGAUCAGUGUGAUCCAAACCCAUGUUUGAAUGGGGGAAUCUGUGAUCACGCCGCUGAUGGGGGCUUCAGGUGUUUGUGCCCUGAACCUUACUCAGGAAAGAAGUGCCAGACAGUGAAGGAUGUUUGCAAGAACGUGAAAUGUGGCUAUGGGAGCUGUGUUGUCACAUCAUCUGCGCCUUUCUACGAGUGCAAGUGCAAGCCUCCCUACAGACCCCCCAACUGCAAGAAAGCUUCUCCCUGCAGGCCCAACCCCUGUCAGAAUGGGGGCUCUUGCAUGAAGGGUCCCCAGCGCUCCUCCUUCCUGUGCUCUUGCCCUGAUGGACACAGUGGAAAGUUCUGUGAAGUUGGCCCAAACGACUGUUACCUAGAGGACGGAGAGUCUUACCGCGGCAUGGUGAGUGUGACAGUUGAAGGGGAAGAGUGUCUUGACUGGAAUUCCUACUUCAUCCUGCAGAGAGGGGGCGAUCCCUUCAAAGAGUACGCAGGCUUCGAUGGAAUUGGGCCACACAAUUACUGCAGGAACCCUGAUGGAGACGAUCAGCCCUGGUGCUUCAUUAACAAAAAUGACAAAUUGAAGUGGAACUACUGUAAAGUUAGGAAAUGCUCUGGAGCUCCACCCACCCAAACCAUCCAUGAAACAGAUCCGACUCCAGCCAAGCCGGACGUCACUGCUGCCCAGUUCUCCCAGUGCGGGAGGCCAGAGCCCGGCCGCUCGGCCAGGAUCUUCGGUGGGAAGAAGUCUCUCCCUGGGGCACAUCCAUGGCAGGUUUCCCUGCAGACCAGAUUCAAAGGCUCCACUGGGCCCUUCAGCCACAUCUGUGGAGGCAUCCUGCUCGAGUCCUGCUGGGUGCUCACUGCUGCACACUGCAUAAAAAGCGGAGUGGAAAUGCAGGUGGUGCUGGGAGGCGUGGACAUAGAGAAGGAUGAAGCGUACGACCAGGUCAUUCCGGUGGAGAAAGCCAUUGUGCAUCAGGAUUAUAAGGCGACCCCGUUUGCUCUUCAUAAUGAUGUUGCCAUGCUUCAGCUCAAAGUCGUGGACAGGCCGUACUGUGCCAAAGAAACCCGCUUCGUGAAGACAGCCUGCCUGCCAAACCAGCCCUUCGACAGCGGGAGCGAGUGUGUGAUCUCAGGGUGGGGCGUGACCGAAACACAGAAGUACGGUACCAACCAGCUGCUGGAUGCUCGCGUCCUCCUGAUCUCCCAGGAGAAAUGUAAAGCCCCCCACGUUUACGGAGACUCGCUGGACGACAGCAUGUUCUGUGCAGGCAACCUGAGAGGAGGCGUGGACUCCUGCCAGGGUGACUCUGGAGGCCCUCUGGUGUGCGAGCGUAACGGGACCCAUUAUGUUGUUGGGGUGGUGAGCUGGGGCGACGGCUGCGGCAAGAAGUACAAGCCUGGUGUCUACGCCAACGUCGGCAGAUUCAUUGACUGGAUCGCUCACCAUUUGCUCUCAUGA